AAAAGAAAAGCAAAGAAAAGAAAAACCCUCUACAGAAUGUCUCUUUUGCUCUCAUUGUAAAUUGAAGCGCCUCUUUCGGCGGAACCUACCCCAAGAGCGGAAAGCGGAGAUCAAUUAGAAUUGUGAACCCCAAAGCGAGCGAUUGAUACGAUACACUCACGAGUACUCAUGCCCAAGCCCGAGUACUCUGUCCAGCAUCCACAUCGGGGAAUCAACAUAAAUGGGUGGCUCCGCGGACGGUGUUCCAGCAGUCGCGCUUGGGCGGUCCGAGUGAGCAGUAACGGAUCUUCUGCAGAAAUCAGUGCAUAGAUACAGUAUCUAUAGGAUCAAAAAGUGUUGAAAAUCAAUUAAAAGAUGGACGAGGCUUCUGGCACGACGACAACCGAUGGCAAGUCCCUGGAUGAUGCGCCGUUGGCCGCAGGACUGGAGCCCACACAGCCGAUCGGCUUCCUGCAGCUCUUACGCUUCUCCACCUGCGGGGAGAUCGCGUGGCUCUUCUUUGGGUUCCUCAUGUGCUGCGUCAAGGCGUUGACCCUGCCCGCAGUGGUCAUCAUUUACAGCGAGUUCACAGCAGUGAGUACCGGGCACAGAUACUCCCGCAGAUGCAGAUUCAGAUACUCCAACCACAAUCUCUCUCCCUUCGAUUCUCGAUUCCGUAGCCCUCUCCGCUGCCACGAACAUCACCACGCUGUCGUUUCCCUUCACGAUGGCCAACAGCAGCGGCGGCGGGUACACCAUUCCCACGGGGACCCUGAGCAUCCUUCCCAUCGCUGCCGACCAUCACGACAACGGCCAGUGGCUACGAGCCCAAUGACAUCAUCACCACGAUCCCCGUCUCGCUCUCCAUUCAGCGCUUCCCCUCGUCCCUGUCCAUAGUGGACCUGGCCCAGGAGCAGGACGGCUACAGCAACAGUGGCUCCAGCAACGGCAUG